UCGAAGAAUUUUCGGAGUAUAUAUAUAUGUGUGUGUGUGAUGUUACAAACUAACCAUAUCGACUUGAUCAACCUUGAUCAGUAGUUCUAUACCAGAGUUCGUUUCGAAGGGAUUUCCUGCAUCUUCAUUUCCCAAAUUUCCCCUUCUUUUUAAUCCGAUCAUCCGUAGAAGAAGGCCUAUCCAAAAUUAAACCAUCCAGCAGAACUUUGUGGUACAAGGAAGUUUCCAAGUUAUGGCCAUCUCCACUGAAUGGGACCGUUUCUUUGACAGAUUCACUUCAAUACAUCCUCGUGAUCCUACUUUAAGCCUUGUAAGUUUCACAGCCAAGGUAAUAGUAAUGUACUUGCUCCCAUUUAUCACACGCCCUGUCAAUGUUCUCGCCGAUGAUAUUCCCCCGGUUGACCUAUCAUCUAUGGUGUAUCUACUACUGGAUCCUCUGUUUCUAUAUGCUCCUUCUAUCAACCAGAACACCAAGUGUAUCUCGUUGGACAACAAAUUAAAGACAACAGCUCUUCUUUUUCGAUCAUGGGGAGAUCUUCAUUAUCUAUUCAGAAUAUACGAAGGCCUUAAGGUUUGCUGGCGGAAGGGCCCUACCUAUGAGAAAAUGCUGGGGUUAGCAGGUGACGCAGUGGCUGUUCUUCCUAUUCCACAAGUUGCAAUUUUAAUUUUUCUUCCAAAGAUGAGGGGCUCCAACUCUGUGAAGACAAUGACGUUUUUCAACUCCAUUAUUGUAUUGCAAUAUCUGCCAAGAGGUUACCCCCUCUAUCUACUGUGCAAGAACAUUAGCAUGCUGAACAUUGACGAUAGGGGAUUCACGUCGCAAAAAUGGCUUUUAAUUUUCGCCAAUAUCUAUGGGUACAUUAUUGCCAGCCAUAUAUUCGGAGCGUUUUGGUAUUUUUUCUCUAUCCAACGAGAGAUAGAGUGUUGGGGACAUGCUUGCAGAAUUGAAAAUGGAUGUGAAUUUAGUACUUCAUGUGUUCAAAAUCCGUAUAGAAAUAUCACACUUUUAGAGAACUUGUGCCCGGUAAAUCCCCCAAAUAAACAAGUAUUCGAUUUUGGCAUAUUUCAUGAUGCUUUACAAUCCAGCAUGCAAGGAUCAACAAAUUUUCUACAAAAGUGCUCGCGAAGUUUUUCGUGGGGCUUACGAAAUCUAAGUUCUUUUGGCUCAAACCUUGAUGAUACCAGUGCAUAUGCAGGGGAAAACUUGUUUGUGGUUCUCAUUUCGAUAAGUGGCUUGGUACUGUUUAUGUAUCUAUGGGGGAAUGUGCAGACAUUUAUGCAGAUGGUUAGCGAAAAGAAGAUGAAGAAGAUGAAAAUGGAGGGAUUCAAGAAUAAGCUUAAGAAAGUCGAUGGGCUUAAAGAUAAAGGGGAAGAAGUUUUGGAAAAAAUCUGUGAGUAUCUCGAGCCAAUGACAUACAGUAAGGGACACUACAUUAUUCGAGAGGGGGAGCCACUUGAUAUGAUGUUCUUCGUCACACGGGGCAGUGUACUCACUUAUGCGACUAAUAGUGGUGGAUCAAAUGGUUCUUCAGGUACUAUCCAACGUAAGAAAGAGAAAGAUGAUUUGUAUGGUAAAGAGCUUCUGGCUUGGGCAAAAGAGUCUUCUGAAUUGUCCAACUUACCGAUCUCUGCAAUAACCGUCAAGUCCCACAACAGAGUUGAAGUUUUUGCUAUCCAGGCCAUUGAUUUACAGCUUGCUGUCUCUAAAUUCCAAAGUCAAUUCAGUCUGACCAUAGCUGUCGAUCAUGAAAUCGUGAAUUAAUUUACUUAUCUCAUUCCUAUAAAUGCCAUUUUGUUUUACUAUAGUUAGGAUCUACCCAAGUUUAAUUUGCUACAUGGUAGGACGUUUCAAUACCUUAAUGCUAUGUAACUCGUUCAAAUAAAACUUGAAGGUGUGAUUCUCUUUUAAUUAACUUUGGCAGUAGAUACUGUAAACUUAAACAGAAAAGUUAUUAGAUCUCUUCACAAGGAAUACAGAUACAAUUGUAUAAAAAUAAGAACAAGAAAUAAAUUAGAAAUGGAUCAUGAACCUUUGAACUGAAUGACCACUCAAUCCAAGCCCAAGUCUUCUGCACUGCAUCUCAAUAUUUGGUAUUCUUUGUAUGG